UAACUUCUACCCUACCUCAACCCCCCAGUUACCCGUCCUUAUCUUUUCUGGUCUACCCUGACCUACCCGCGUUAUACGCACACGCAGAAUCACACGCAGCCCGCCAUUCUACUUUUGUCGAAGCUAAGGUCGCAAAGCAUACAUACUACUACUACUACUUCAGCUUCAUGUCUAGAUGACAUAAUCUGAAAAAGGACCUCUAUCAAAGUCGAAUUACCGAUCGAGCAAUCGCAUCCACCGUGGCUACCUAGCAGCUCUCUGUCUGAAGGGGUGCUGUUGGUCGUGCUGGGGUGAAAGGCGCGCGCUCGUUGAAUAUCAUCGCAUGCGCCCAAUAUGAUUUCCAUGCAGCGAUCCCUGUCGUCGCCCGUGUGCAUACAUUCUUCCCCACCCGUGUCCCCUUCUGCCACUAGUCCGCCAUCACGUUCCCCGACCCCUUCCCCCGAGACGAGAGCCGAAGUAUCGCGCCCGCGGCGAUUUCGAUCGCGAAGCCCUGGUAGGCCCGGUAGCGGACACCGCCGGAGGGAAUCCUCGGGGUCUGUUCGUAAAGUUGGUACCGACGAGACGCCUCGCGAUGCGACUUCGAAGCAGCAGUCCAGCGCCAAUCCCGGUGCCGGCGCGAGUGCGCCUAAGAAGCCGGUAAUAGACCAAGCCGUAGGCCCACCGAAGCCGCCUCCGCCUCCGUCUCCGGCCUCUAGCCCGCCCGCCCCGUCUAGCCCGUUACAGCCCAUCUUGAAAGACCAAGAAGAUUCGGGGCCCCUCCCGCGAACGCUCCUGGCUGACGUAUCCUUAUAUUCGAACCCCCAUCUGACCGUCGAGAAUGAAGGCACCACCCUCGAAGAACUCGCCCAUUUGGUCCGCCUUUCCAAGUACCAAGAGCGCAAGUGUGCCAAUACUCGUAUUCGUCUUCAAAGAAGUCUGAUUUCCACUGCCCUCUCGGCGCGCCUGACCCGGUGCGGAGAGACCUCGCUGCGCAACCUAGCGGACAGCUUCCGAAACGAUGACAAGAGGGCAUUUGCUAACCUGUACGGUGCUAUCCAUGAUGUUCGGAAUAGCUGUGACGCCACCCGUCGCUAUGCUCUUUUGGAGCCCGAGAUGGAGUCUUUGCAAUCGUCCGGAGUAGCGUCUGUCGAGACGCUCGUGCCCCCGCCGAGCACGACGGGAAGCAUUGGUCCCGGUAGCUCCGUCGCCCCCUUUUUUAAUGAUAUUUCCGCUUCUGCCAGGGAAGCCUUUUUAAAUUUUCUUACUCAGAUUCGGACAAACCCGGAUUACCUAGCCACUCGGCUGUGCGCUUUGAACACCACGGAGCUCCAAGCUCUUACCACUUUCCAUCAGGGAUUGGAGCCCAUAGAGUCCGUCUUGCCGUACCACGGCCGUUCCGCCGGUGGUCGCGGGCUUUCAAGCGGUCCUAGUAGACAGACGGUACAGGGUCCCAAUGCUGUCGAGCGGCUCCUUUCCUUCCAGCGCCAUGAUCCCUUAUCUGCCCUUAUCUAUACUUGCUUCGCUAACUCGGCCGGCCCAGACAGCGCCGAGGACAAACGGAGGACGGGAGUCUGGGCUACCGCCUUUGCUCGUCUGAUCUCCACUAGAUCUACCAGCGAGCCGGUCCUGAUCUCGAUCCUCAAUGCUUGGUCUGCUAUGCGUGAUUGGUCUGGACGUGCCAACAUGGAAUGGUACUUGAUGAAGAUACUUGAGGAUGGCGCGUUCUUGCUCGACCGAGCGGAGGACCAGAAUGGAACGAGGUUUAACCUCUCCGAUUGGACUACCAAGGAUAGCAUUGCUGCCGAGGAGUUCUACGAUCGUGCCGUCAACGAUCUUUUCGCUAUUAUCGAUGACGAGGAUGCCACUGGUAUUCCGGAAGGUGUGAUUGAACUUGGAAAUGAGAUCCUUCGCCGAUUGGAGAUGAAGGAUACUACGCGCGGCCUCGUUGAUACCACGCGUAGAUGGUUUGUAUACAAGUGGCUCUUUUCCAGUUGGUUGCUUGCCGUUGUUAUCCACCCGGAGAGUUACGGAAUGAUGACCGAGUAUCAUAUCACGGAAUACGGCCGCCAGAAGAUUCUCAAGCAGGUUGCCACCCUUGCCCAGCAUUACGUCGUGGAGAUGCUUGCCAACAGUAGUGCCUCGAAGCCCGCGUCGACUCCCCGCAAGAUCAAAGGCCACGUUGAGAACAUACUGGCUCGUUUUAAGCCGUCGGGGAGGAGGACUGGUAGAUUGCUCCCCGCUAGGUCCAUUACUUCCCUGAGGGAGACUGCUGAAGUCCAUCCUUAUUUGGUGAUUAGCCCAGCUGACCUUGUUACUCUUGCCAAUGCUCUAUUCCCGGAGCGUAGGCCCCAGUCUGCUCAUUCAAGUAGCAUCCGGUCUGGCGCGCCAUCGAUAUCUGGCUUCUCUGCUAUCUCGCAGCCGAUAUCCAUCGCCACGUCCAGGAGUAACUUUGAGACGGCAUCCGUCCUCAGUAUGAGUGCUUCGUCCGUUUUUAGUGAUGGAACCACUUCGGGCGAUCCUCUACUCGAAGAUCAGGUAGCCGGGACUCCCCAAAGACGUUCGCCACCUAUGUCUGACGGGGCAAGGCAGAAGCAUGCUAACAACUACGAAGAAGAUGGAUCCCGUCUUCGAUUGGCAAUGCAUGAGAUGAUUCAGAUUCUAGGCCCGGAGGCGACGUCGGGCUCAUGUCAUCCAUGUGCCGAGCGCUGGGCAGUGGUGUUUAUUUCCGCUGAUGGAAAUAGCCUUUCUUUACAGAUGACGUACGACCCUGAUGAUGAGGCAGAAGAGGAGAAUUCUUCUACCACGAGUGACACAGAGGACGACGAGCCGGAUGAGAAACCCGAGCUUGACAAAGACUACCAUCAGCUGCGAGACUCUGUUUUGAAACUUGUUGAGGAUUUCGAGAUUCCUCAAGGUCUAGAAGACCACGGAAAGACAACAUUUAGUAACCGAGCUUCGGGGCUUAAGAAGUAUCGGUCCAAGAAUAAAAUUAUUACACCAGGGACGACGAUGGGAAGCCGUAACCCUUUCCGCAGUAAGUAUGAAGAAGAACAGAAAGCGAAGCAGGCUGCGGAAGAGUCUUCUCAUGCUUCCGAAGAAAAAGAGAUAGCGGACGAGGCUGGUUCGUCGUCUGUGUUGAUCACCAUGCUCUCCGCCGCCUCUUCCCAAUCGCGUAUCCAAUCAGACUUCGUGUCUGCGCAUCUAUAUUGGAAGACACUGCAGCAGCUCAAUGCUCUGACAUCACCCUCUCUACGUAAGAAUGGGUUUGCAACUCUGCUCAAUAUAUUUUCCCGAGGUCCUCGUGAUUCCAUCCGCCGGUCUGCUUCCGCGAUCGAAGAGUAUGAUGCCUGGCUAGUCUGGCUGAAGCAGAGCCAAGAGAGGCACGAAGGCCUAAUCGAGACCAUGAUGAAGCGCUUGAAGGCGCUCAGAGAUAAGAUGUGGUAUGUGACGGAUGUUCAUAACUCGGCUCCCUACGAGCAAACCCGCAAUAUCUGCAGCGCGCUGAAGAUAAUGGGUGUGCCACGGAAAUGGGGCUCCUUCCAACGCAAUCGGGCCCAGCUGGCCCGAGGUCCUGCUGCCGCUUAUAUAUAUCGGAACGAAUCGCAGAUGUUGGAUAUUUUAGCAGCUGGCGAGGAGCAGGGAGGCCCUAACAAGCUUAGCGAUGCCCAAGCCGAGAUAACCAGCAAGUGGUUAGAGCAGCUCGGCAUCCAGAACAUGUGUCAAGGUGAGGAGCGUAUACACCGAUUCUGUUGUGAAGUGGACAGCUGCGUAUCGAAGCUGGUUGGUGAUAAUAUCGUGGAUGGACCUGUGCUUUGGUCUAGCGAACUGUACUCUCGGGAUCGUAGAGCGUUCGAAGGCCCUCGCAUCGGUCGGGAUAAAGAAAGCAGCGUAUGGGGUGAUGAUGCAGCCAGUGUCAUUAGCAGCGACCACGAAAGGCGAUACGCAUCCCCCACACGCCGUCCCGCUUCCAUCGCACGAGAUCUCAGAGGUAUAUCCGCAUAUAACACAAGCCAGAUCUCCAUCGACUCCCACCGUCGAUACAGUUUCUCUAGGGCCAGCACAGCGAUGUCUGAUACCUUCGAUUCGCAUGACUACUUUGGAGCCUCAUCUCCUAUUCACGCUAUUGAUUCGGCAUCCACAUACUGGUCUCCUUUCCAGUCCACCAUAUCUACUGUCAGCUCGGCAACCUCUCGUGCGCAGUCGCCUACGACUAGCGUCACAAAUCUUUCUAGCACGUUUUCUCAACCGAAUCACCAACCGCUACCGUCUCAUCAUUCGGCUUCGCGGUCUGGUGCAUCCGUAUCAUCGAACGAGACAGUUCAUUUCCGCCGCCUCUCAGAAGGCAAACAACGUUUUCUGGCAGAACUUCGCCAGACCCUUACUAGUCUGCUACUUUCCGAGCUUGGUAACCUCGUGUUCGCGUCCGGUUCCGAAACUGACGGUUGGUUUGGAAGCCUGGGACAAGAAUGUAUCGAGCGCCGAGAUGCCGAGGAGCGAAGAGCGCGAAGGCCUUCGGUAAAGCGGGAGCGUACCAGCAAGAGUUCCGCUAAGCAGAGGGUGAUAGAGAAGAGGAAGAGUUUUGGUAACCUCAGACAGGCGGGAGAGGCUUCGAGGGGUGACCUAGGCUCGGACAGACCUGAAAGCACAUCCGGGAGGAGUAACGACAGCUCUGCCACGAGCGAUACAGUUUCAAGUCGUGCUAGGUCUUCGAAGAAGAAGGAAACUCCGGAAUUCCCCUACACGAAAGCCUACAAGAGGCUGUUGGGGAUGUUCGCCGUCCAUCCAAACCCCUAUACCAAACUCAACGCACUCCUCGAGUUGGAGCGGCUCAUAUCUGCUUCGUUGUCUAGCGGUUCGCGCAGGUCUCGGUGGGCUGCAAGACACCAGACCGCGUCCGUCGACGAUGACAGCAGCGUACCGGGAAAGUCAGACGCGAACGAGACAGGAGGCGGCGAUAAUACCAGAGGACGUUCCCAACCGUUCCAGUCGCACAUGUUUCCUAGCCAAACUCGGUCUUCCAAGAAUGCUGAUGCUCGCUCUAUCGUCUCGGUAAAGGAAGCAACUAACACUGACGCUAUCGCACGAGUACUUCGGUCUCUAUUCAAAGACGCGGGUAUACGGCCCAAGACGCUGUUCCGCGAUCUACAAUUCAUUAAUUCUUUUGUAUCCCCAUCCACGUUAGACAUGGAUCGAAACAAGGCCUUCUGGGAUAUCGUCGUGGUGGCGCUCUCGCUCAAAGAAGACACCAUCACGACGAUGGUCGAGGUUGCGGAUGAGAUCCUAAACUAUUACACGCCGUCGAGGAAGCGUCCCGGCGGCGGCGACGAUGCGCCGGAGAUGAUGCGCCAGCCGCCUAUCCACUCUCUCCGCGAUGCGGCGAAGAUGUGGACGAUCGCGGCCAAGGAGGGCAAUGCCACAGCGCAGCGGGAGCUGGGCCUAUUUAACCUCAGCAACCCCGAGCUUGUCGAGAGGAGUACGUUGCCUUUGUCGAAGCCGCGAGACGUAUUUAAGCAAGCCGUCAUGGAGAAGUUCGGACCGCGACCCGGGAGCAGCGCCCGUCAUUCUGCUGAUCGGAGCCGAAGCAACCUGGGCACGGCUGGUCCGUCCUCUUCAGGAAUGCAGGACACGACCAUGGACGGUGACAUUAGGAGCGACCCGACUCUGAUGUGCGUCGCCAUCCACUGGAUGAAGGAGGCCGAACGUGGCGGAGACGAGUUGGCCAGAACGUUCCUUGGUCAGAACGAGAUGAUGGGGCUCUGAAUGAUUGCUACGCUGACGUUUGCUACUGCUGCAACUUACCUGUCUUACGUUUUCUAUCUGUUUGCCCUCGCGGAGUUAUUUGUCCAGCAUAUUUGACGAUGGCCUAUGCUACCGAGAGCGCGAUGCAGAUGCACAUGUUCAACACACAAUUUCCUUUUGUCAGUUGGGUAACCUACGACUUUCA